CGUGGUAAUCACUGGUGCCUCAAAAAUAAUAAUAAUAACAAUAAUAAUUUCCGUUUUCGGUGCUUCGAUUCAACGCUAUGAUUCCACUCCUUUCUUGGGCCAUAUAAAAGACCCGAUACCACCGGCGUCUGGAAGCGAGAGCCCCAUCCAUCACUCACGCCAGGCCUCGCCGAGGGAUCCAGAAAGAACGCGAGAGGAGAAGGAGGAGGAGGAGAUGUCGUGGCAAACGUACGUCGACGAUCAUCUGAUGUGCGAGAUCGACGGGCAGCACCUGACGACCGCCGCCAUUGUCGGCCACGACGGCAGCGUCUGGGCGCAGAGCGCCAACUUUCCUCAGUUCAAGCCUGAAGAGAUCGCUGCGAUUAUGAAUGACUUUGCUGAACCUGGAUCCCUUGCACCAACUGGUUUAUACCUUGGUGCUACAAAGUACAUGGUGAUCCAGGGUGAGCCAGGAUCUGUUAUUCGAGGGAAGAAGGGUUCUGGCGGUGUCACUGUCAAGAAAACCAAUCUGGCUUUGAUCAUUGGCAUAUAUGAUGAGCCAAUGACUCCUGGGCAGUGCAACAUGGUUGUUGAGAGGCUUGGUGAUUAUCUUGUUGAUCAAGGUUUCUGAAUUUGGUAUAUGGUUUUUGGAACUUGUUUUAUUUUGUUUGGUAUGAAUAUUUGACAUGAGCUUGCAUCUUCCUGGCGUUGGAACCAACGAAUAAUCAGCUUGAUAUUGUGUGAUAUUUGUGGGAAAAUCUGUUUGUCAGUUCAUAUGCUUUUGGAAUAUUUGUGGGAAAUUCUGGUUCAGUCCAUAUGUUGGCAUGGUCUCCAUCUUAAACUUUCCUAUCUGUAACUUUUAUCUGCUGCGGGUUAUUACAGCUCACUGAAUGGUGACAUCUAUCCAUAAGAAAAUCUUCAGAGGUUUAAGUGGUGUAGAAAA